CUACCUUUCUAGCUUCCUUCAGCUGGGAGAUUCACUUCCUCUUCAAAUAUAUCUUCUUUUUCUUGCUGCUCUUCAAUCUUGGAACAUUGGUGGUUUCGGAACAGUGAAGAAGGAGAGUGGUAGAGGGGAAGAUGGACCAGUAUGAAAUUCUGGAGCAGAUUGGGAAAGGUUCUUUUGGUUCUGCGCUUCUUGUGAGGCAUAAGCAUGAAAAGAAGAAGUAUGUGCUGAAGAAGAUCCGUCUUGCUCGGCAAACUGAUAGAACCCGCAGAUCUGCUCACCAGGAGAUGGAGCUUAUUUCCACUGUGCAGAAUCCUUUUAUUGUGGAGUACAAAGAUUCCUGGGUUGAGAGGGGUUGCUUUGUUUGCAUUGUGAUAGGAUACUGUGAAGGAGGAGACAUGGCAGAAGCUAUAAAAAGGGCCAAGAACGUUUAUUUUACUGAAGAGAAAAUUUGUACAUGGUUAGUACAACUCUUGAUGGCGCUGGAUUAUUUGCAUGCCAACCAUAUUCUUCAUCGUGAUGUCAAGUGUUCAAACAUAUUUUUGACAAAGGAUCAAGACAUACGUCUAGGUGAUUUUGGUCUUGCUAAAAUGUUGACUUCUGAUGAUCUAGCUUCCUCUGUUGUGGGAACCCCGAGUUAUAUGUGCCCUGAGCUUCUUGCUGACAUACCAUAUGGUUCUAAGUCAGAUAUUUGGUCUCUAGGGUGCUGUAUAUAUGAAAUGGCCGCUCACAAGCCAGCAUUUAAAGCCUUUGAUAUACAAUCUCUCAUCAACAAAAUCAACAAGUCAAUAGUGGCUCCACUUCCAACGAUGUAUUGUGGUGCAUUUCGAGGUCUUGUUAAAAGCAUGCUGCGCAAAAACCCAGAACUGAGACCAAGUGCUGCUGAGUUGCUUGGCCAUCCCCUUCUUCAACCUUAUGUUCAUAAGAUCCAUCUAAAGUUAAAUAACCCUCGAAGAAAUACGCUCUCAGGUGACUGGUUUCACUCCAGUUAUGAGAAGAAAACAAGAUUCAUUGAGCCUGAAGCUAUCCCCAUUAACUAUAUCAGAGAGAAAAGGCGGUCAUUCAGCAAUGACAGGAACUUAAACCCAAGUUUUUCCGGAACUGAACAAGAGUCUCCAGGUUCUAGUGUGAGAGAUUAUGACAUCAUAAAGUCAGUGGCGACAAAGUUGACUGUUGCCAAUACUCCAAGAUUGACACCAACAAAAGUUUCUACUACUCCCAGGAGACAAUUAACACAGUCAAAAGUUUCUCACAUCAGCUCAAAACGUGAUUCACUUCCAGUGUCGCAUUCUCCGGCGAGGAAAUCUUCCCUGUCAACACGAAGAGUAUCUCUUCCAUUAUCAACAAGAGCUAAUCCUUUCCCAACUCCAUACAGAGCCAAUGUUGGUCGACUGGGAAAUGUGGAGUCACCCGAUGUUUCUGUCAAUGCCCCUCGAAUGGACAAGAUGGCUGAAUUUCCCCUAGCCUCUUCUGAAGACCCAUUCAUUUGCAUGCGUGAUACUUCAUCCACAUCAGCACAAUGCUCUUCUUCAUCCCCAGACAGCAUCAACCGUUCUAUCACAAAGGACAAGUGCAUGGUCCAGGUUGUUCACAGAACCUAUUCCAAGUCCAAUUUGAUCGAUGACAACCAUGAAACUGUUCGAAAUGGCAGUGACUGCUCCGAGCAGAAUCCUACCACCGGUGCUUCAAGCCACUCUUCUUCUGAAUCACGUCAAAACAGGUUCGACACCUCGUCGUUCCAGCAACGUGCAGAAGCAUUGGAAGGGUUGCUUGAGUUCAGUGCACGCCUCCUACAACAAGAAAGGUUUGAUGAGCUUGGUGUGCUUCUGAAGCCCUUUGGACCUGAGAAGGUUUCGCCCAGGGAAACCGCCAUUUGGUUGACCAAGAGCUUCAAAGAGACGACAGCCUAGUUUGUUUUCCGUUUCACUCCUUGAUCUGCUUGUUGUAACUUGUACAUUACCGCUUCCUUAAUGUCUUGGAAGUCAAAAAGUGAGUAGCAGUAACAAACCUUCAUGCUGAAGGUGACACAGAGACUGUUAAAAGAGUGUAUUUCUAGACUAACAACCAAAGACAAUUCCCAAUGGAUUUGAUUGUAAUUUUUGUUGGUUUCUCGUUUACGUAAAUGUUUAUUCUCAUCUUUUAUCAAA